AUGGCAACAUCGGACCCGAAGUCGCUCUCCGGCAAGCUGGCCGACAAGCUGCCGCACGUGCCCGAGUCCAAGGAGGAGCUCAAGGCCGAGCUCAAGGCCGAGGCCAAGGCGGCGGCCAGCAGCGGCCUCUCGCAGCUGCGAUCCUUCGCGGCCGGCGGCUUUGGUGGCAUCUGCGCCGUCAUCGUCGGCCACCCCUUCGACCUCGUCAAGGUCCGCCUGCAGACGGCCGAGUCCGGCGUCUACAAGAGCGCCAUCGACUGCGUGCGCCAGAGCAUCGCCCGCGAUGGCCUGCGGAGAGGCCUGUACGCCGGUGUUAGUGCGCCCUUGGUUGGUGUCACACCCAUGUUCGCCGUGUCCUUCUGGGGCUACGACCUCGGCAAGCAGAUCGUCAGCUCGGCCUCGACCGUCGCCGUGAACCCGGCCACCGGCGCGCCGCAGCUGUCCAUCGCCCAGACCUCGGCCGCCGGCUUCUUCAGCGCCAUCCCCAUGACGGCCAUCACGGCGCCGUUCGAGCGCGUCAAGGUCAUCCUGCAGGUCCAGGGCCAGCGCCUCAAGCCCGGCGAGGAGCCCAAGUACAAGGGCGGCAUGGACGUCGUGCGCCAGCUGUACCGCGAAGGCGGCGUGCGCUCCGUCUUCCGCGGGUCCGCCGCCACCCUGGCCCGCGACGGGCCCGGCUCCGCCGCCUACUUCGCCGCCUACGAGUAUAUCAAGCGCCGCCUGACGCCCGUCGACCACAAGACUGGCAAGCCCCAGGGCGACCUGAGCCUGCUGGCCGUCACGGCCGCCGGCGGUGCCGCCGGUGUCGCCAUGUGGAUCCCCGUGUUCCCCGUCGACACCGUCAAGAGCCGUCUGCAGACCGCCGAGGGCAACCCCAGCAUUGGAGGCGUCAUCAGGGAGCUGUACGGCCGCGGAGGGUUCAAGGCUUUCUUCCCCGGCUUCGGUCCGGCGCUGGCGAGAGCCGUGCCCGCCAACGCCGCCACCUUCCUCGGUGUCGAGUUGGCCCACCAGGCCAUGAACAAGGUGUUCGGUUGA